AUGGCAAAGACUAGAUACCAAACCAGUCUAACAGCUGAAGCUGAAGGUGAUUACCCUUCCUUCAAGCAAGUCAAUGUUCUUUUCGAGGGCCUCCAAGAUAUUCUGUAUCGACUCUGGACAUGUAGGUCAAGCUUCAUGGUGCAAGCUGCAGAGGCUUUGGCAAACGGAAGUAGGAACCCAUUGUGGCGACUUCCGUACGGACAGAGUGGUGUUUUAACUUUUUUUCUCCAACUUAUUGCUUCAAAGGAGGAUGUUGGUACUGGUCUGCUCCUUCAUGCUUUGCGAUUGAUUGGGAACUCCUGUGCCGACACUGACGAAAACAGAACAAUUGUUGUGAAAGGAAACUACACUUCUGCUAUCAUCCAACAUCUUCUGAAUCCCGAACUCAUAAAGAUAGUAAUACCUGUUAUUUACAACAUUUGCAUUGAUUUUGGUGAGGUAAAUUGA